GUUAAAUCCACAUAGGGGGUGGGGGGAUUGUAGUAUAUAGAGUAAUAUCUUUCAUAUGUAACCAAAGCUUGUGAGAGGCCAUUUGUAUCUGUCAAUCACUAACUUCAAAGCACUUUUUCUUUUUAAACUUGUCUUGAUUUUCAUUGAAUGCAAAAGUAGCCAUGCCACUACAAGCUCCAUGUGAUCUACAAAUCCAUGUAAAUGGUCAACAAACAUUCUUUCUGCACCAGAAAGUUCUUUCAAGAUUCUCUGGGAAGUUAAGGAAGAUAAUCAAACAAGAAAAGAAGAAAACUCAGAUUAAGAAUUCAGGUAUUGAGAUUCUUGAUUUCCCAGGUGGGGCAGAAGGGUUUGAACUUAUUUCAAGAUUCUGUUACAACAAUGGUAGCAGCAAUAACAUUAAAAUCACUGUCUCAAAUGUUUGUCUUCUCAUUUGCUCUGCAAAUUUUCUUGAAAUGACAGAAAAGUUGUGUUGUUGCAAUCUUUUGUAUAAAGCUGAGACCUUUUUUGAAGGAUUGUGUUAUUGGUCCUGUCAUGAUAUUCUGAAAUCCUUAAAAAGCUGUGAAACAUUUUUUGAUUAUGCAAUUUCUUGUGGGCUGAUUCAAAAGCUUAUAACUUCACUUGUUGGUACCCUUUUUGGUUCUUCAUGUUCAUCAGUUUCAUCUUGUUCAUCUUCUGAACAAGUAAAGUCAUGUUCUUGGUGGUUUGAGGAAAUGACCAUUUUGCCCCCAAAGAUGAUAGAAGAGUUUUUAAGGACUUUAGGUGCUUUUGGUAGUGAAAAUAACAGCUUACUCCUCACAAGAUUCUUGCUUUAUUACCUAAAAACAUCAUCCCAUUUCAGUAAUUGUCAAAAUCUGAUUUCAAGAAGUGAGUAUAGUGGACUUGCUGACACAGUAGUUCAUGGGGUAGUUUUUAUGGGGACAACAACAUUUUCUUGCAGAAAUCUUUUUUGGGUAUUGAGAAUUGUAUCUGGUUUUGGGAUUAGCAAAGAAUGCAGGGGUUGUUUGGAGAAACUGAUAGGUGGGAUGCUUGAUCAAGCAACACUAGAUGAUAUUCUUGUUUGUGGUCACAACAAUAUUGGUGGUGUUUAUGAUGUGAAUCUUGUAAUGAGAUUGGUUAGAGUUUUUGUUCAUCAUGAUAAAGUUACAAUAUCAAAAUUGAGAAAAGUUGCAAGAUUGAUUGAUAAGUAUUUGAGAGAGAUUGCUCCUGACCAAACUCUUAAAAUAUCAAAGUUUCUUGCUGUUGCUGAGAGUCUACCAGAUUAUGCAAGGGAUUCUUUUGAUGGAGUCUACAGAGCCAUUGAUAUCUAUCUUGAGUCUCAUCCAAUCCUUUCAUUAGAGGAAAGAUCAAGAUUAUGUAGAUGUCUCAACUAUGAGAAACUAAGCCUUGAAGCAUGCAAGGACUUAGCAAAGAAUCCAAGAAUUUCACCAAGAAUUGCUGUCAAGGCACUUGCUUCUCAAUGCUCUUCAAGUAUUCCAACAAUAAAAGACAAUCAUAGCCAAAUGGUUUUGUACAAGACAAACAAGAGUGAUCAUCACAGUUCAAGUGCUGCUAGUGAUCAACAAAGUUUACAAGAAGAGGAACAUGAAUAUAUGAGGCUAAAUUUGCAAAAGAUGCAAUGGAGAGUUGUGGAGUUGGAGAAAAUAUGUAGAGAUAUGAAAGGUCAAAUGACUAAAAUGGUGAAGACAGGGACUCAGACUAGAGCUUUGCCUAGGCUUUGUAGAAGUCAAAACUUCUAAAAGCAGGAAUAAGAAAAAAGAGGACAUAUGUUGGUACAACACAUUUGUCGGUGGAGUGGUAAGUAUUCUUCUGUCCUUAAUCAGGUCUCAGAUUCAAGCCUAGAGUAUAGAGUCGUCUUUGUUAAGAAGAGGUUUACCCCAUGGAGACUUCAUGGCACGAAUCCAGAUUUAAUCGGAGACCAAUGUAAGCAAUGAAUACCAGAUGGAAAACCAAAAUAUAUAUGAUAAUUCACAUAUAAUAUUCCUUUUCCCAAUUUUCUACUGUAAAAGCAUGAAGUGUAAAAUUUAUUUCUAGAUUAUUUGGUUGUAAAGUUCCUUGUCAAUUUAAAGGUUCUCACUUUUUUUACAAGUUA